GACUUGGAUAUCCAAUUAGUAAGGCAUUCUACUAGGAGAGUUUCCAUGUCUUUCUUCUGAGCUAUUGUGAGAUGAUUUUGCACUGAAAGUUUUCAGUUCCUGCAUCUGGUAGCACAAAUGAAAUGUUGUGACAAUACUGUAUGCUGUUCUUCACAUGAGACACAGCUUGAAAUAUUUUGAUAAAAUGAGAUGCUUGCGGAAAAGGUCGGCAGUGUCAUUCUUAGGAAUCCUUGUCGUUUGCUUGCUGUUCAUGAACUUGUACAUUGAAGAUGGUUAUGUUUUGGAAGGGGACAAGCAACUAAUCAGAGAAACAGCCACGCACCAGCUCAACCCAGAGCGUUAUGUUCACAGUUUUAAAGAUUUGUCUAAUUUCUCAGGAUCUAUAAACAUUUCCUAUCGCUACUUAGCUGGCACACCUUUGCCAAGGAAAAGGUAUCUUACAAUUGGACUAUCCUCUGUAAAACGGAAAAAGGGAAACUAUUUACUUGAGACCAUCAAGUCCAUAUUUGAACAGUCAAGCUAUGAAGAACUCAAAGAAAUUGCAGUGGUAGUACAACUGGCAGAUUUUGACUCAGCCUGGUGUGAAGGGAUCGUCCAGGAUAUUUCACAGAAAUUUGCACAUCAUAUAAUUGCAGGCAGAUUAAUAGUUAUUCACGUCCCUGAGGAUUAUUAUCCUGUACUGGAUGGCCUCAAAAGAAAUUAUAAUGAUCCAGAGGACCGUGUGAAGUUUCGAUCAAAACAAAAUGUAGAUUAUGCUUUCCUUCUAAACUUUUGUGCUAAUCUUUCUGACUAUUAUGUGAUGCUAGAAGAUGACGUUCGCUGCUCAAAGAAUUUUUUGACUGCUGUUAAGAAAGUAAUUACCUCACGAGAAGGAUCCUACUGGGUGACUUUGGAAUUCUCCAAACUGGGAUACAUUGGAAAGCUUUACCAUUCUCAUGACCUCCCACGCCUGGCUCACUUUCUGUUGAUGUUUUACCAAGAAAUGCCUUGCGAUUGGCUGCUCAUCCACUUUCGCGGGCUAUUAGCUCAAAAGGAAGUGAUACGUUUUAAGCCAUCUUUGUUCCAGCACAUGGGAUACUACUCAUCUUACAAAGGAGCUGAAAACAAGUUAAAAGAUGAUGAUUUUGAAGAGGAAUCAUUUGAUAUCCCUGACAACCCACCUGCAAACUUGCACACCAACAUGAAUGUAUUUGAAAACUAUGAGGCAAGCAAAGCUUACAGCAGCAUUGAUGAGUAUUUCUGGGGCAAAGCUCCUUCUAGUGGAGACUUCUAUGGAAUUGUAUUUGAAAAGCCCAUUAAAAUCAGUAAAAUUAAAGUUGUCACUGGAACUGAAGAUCGGCAAAAUGACAUUUUGCAUCAUGGAGCCCUGGAAGUAGGAGAAAAGAUUGUAGGCAAUAAAAAAGGGAGACAAUGUACAACUUACCUGAGACUAGGGGAGUUCAAAAAUGGGAAUUUUGAAAUAACUGAUGUAGAGCACAAAGUUCUGUUUGAUAUUAACUGCAUGAGAAUACUUGUUACCAAAAGUCAAAAAGAAUGGCUGAUCAUUAGGAGCAUUAGCGUCUGGACUUCUCAAACACCAAAUCAGUAAAGCAAAGCCACCUGAGUAGGUACGAAGUGCACACAAUCAUCUGGGUUCCAACUGGUGCCAUUCCCCAGAAAAACCGACACUUACAACUCUUCACUAAAGACAUAGAAAAUCUGGGGAAAUCACAAAACAAGUAAAGCAAUUUAUUUUUUACUAGUUUGGUCGGGCAAUACACAAACAUUUAUUUGCUGAAAAUUUUGAAUUUUAUAGGAGAUCUUUAAACUCUUUUUUUAUUAUUAUUUCUCUGGAAGAGAGAUCUUGUGGACCAUACAGAACAAAAAAACCAUCCUAUAAUUGCCAAAAGGUUUAAAUCUAUGACCAGUACGUUGUGAAAAAAAACCUGAAUUGCACCUUAUGCACAUAAAAAUUUAAAAUCUCAUGAUAGUAUGCAUUUGUACUGUAGUUGGUGAUGUGUUUCUUCUACAGGCAGUUGUGACAAGGAAAUCUGUCCUGAAACUGGCAGUUUCCUUCUGAGCACUGUAAGAAAAUAGUGUGGCUAAUCAUUGCAAUUUCUUUUCAAAAGGGAAUGUAUGUAAAAUUAUAAAUCUGAAAUGAAAGUUGUGUAAAAAAAUAGAUAAUUGCAUCUGUUAUUCUGUCUUAACAAAUAUCCUUUGUUCUUUUUUCUGGGUCCUUUCACUGAAAUUAGCAGUACUUGGAUUCUAUAUUACUUAGGGGACCAAUUUACUCUCCUUACUUGAACAAAAUGCCUCACAGUAAGCAAGGAUUCUGCUUGAGUACUGAUGUCAAUAUCAAACCCAAGCACCUCAAGGGCAGCACUGUUCUCUUAGGCAGGCAUCUUAACCGAUUCCAGAUGCAACAUUUUUUGUUCCUUCAUGAUAUGUAGAACUCUCCCUGAGAAAUUUGCAUAUAGCUGAAUACUACAGCAUGCUUUUAGCGUAACAGAAGACUGUUAUGUCUUCCAUAUAUACAUGUCCAGUUCAAGUAUGAUACAAAUGCAAACCGUACUAGGUUAAUCAAUUGGAGGUCAAUGUAAGCUCCAGUCUGCUCUGG